AUGGAGACAGUUCGCGGCUUCUGGGAUCGGGUAAACGACUACCCGCGCAACUUCAAGUCCGAGCACGGCCGCGACUUCCUCGAUCGCUACCCCGACUACCCAGUGUACUCGACGAUCGCGUUUCUGCUCGUUGUCUUCUACCUGCCGGGCUACAUUGAGCGGCACAGCAUCCGGCUGCCUAUCCGCUACCUUGUGGCUGCGUGGAACCUGUUUCUCUCGGUCGUCUCCACCUAUGGCACGAUACAGGUCACCAUGCAAAUUCCGUACCUGCUGCGCACGCGCACCUUACACAACACCAUGUGCGAGCUGCCCAUCGCGGACGGUCGUGAUGACAACCUUGUGUCGCGUCGCGCCGCCGUUGUUUAUGCGCACCAGCAGGGGCUCAUGAAGCGCGGUGUCGUCUUUAAGUGGGUACGCACGCCGGCUGACAUUCAGCAACGCGAUGCCGCGCUCUUCUACGACGGUCCCUCCACGUUCGCUAUUGCGAUGUUUGGCUACCUCAAGACACCCGAGCUGCUCGACACGCUCUUCCUGGUGCUGCAGCGCAAGCCCGUCUCCUUUCUGCACUGGUACCACCACAUCGUCACCGCCAUCUACGUGUGGCUGUCGUCGUACAUGCCAAUGCCGAGUGGCAUCGUCUUCUGCGCCAUGAACUACUUCGUGCACUCCUUCAUGUACUUCUACUACUUCCUCGUCAUGAUGGGGCUGCGCAAGUCGAUUCGCCCCUUCGCACCGGUGAUCACGCUGCUGCAGGUGCUGCAGAUGUUCAUUGGCAUGUACAUCACCGUGUACACGUACUUCCAGUACUGGCUGGGCCCCGAGUACAGCAACACGCUCUUCUUCCAGUUCUUCGAGGUGGUGCUCAGCAAUGCCUACUACGCCUACUGCAACGCGAAGAGCAUCGUGACGACUGGCGCGCUGGCGUCGCAGGUGCCCGCGUUCGACAUGUCUGACCGGUUCUGGGGCUGUGACAGCGACCCGACCUGCAUGCGCAUGGGCAUGCUGAUGUAUGGCAGCUACUGCGUGCUGUUCGCGGUGCUGUUCAAGGAGCUGUACCUGGACAAGCGCGUGCACGAGAACAGCCUCGUGCUGGCGCGCGCGCACUGCUCAAGCGAUCAAGCGAACUAA